AUGAUGUCCGACAAGAUGGCCCUCGACGUACACAACCAUCAAAUGACUAGAAACAUUGUGGUAGGCGUGCUCGCUCUGCAAGGGGCUUUCUACGAGCAUCUCAAGCUUCUACAAAGAGCUUUCCGAGAAGUAGCCAUUGGCCAGGACGAAGGAUGGGAGUUUGUGGAGGUUCGCACCGCACAAGAGCUCGAGAGAUGUGAUGCUCUCAUAAUUCCUGGUGGAGAGAGCACGACCGUCUCUCUAGUGGCAGCUCGCUCGAAUCUUUUGGAGCCACUGCGAGACUUUGUCAAAGUACGUCGAAGACCGACCUGGGGCACAUGCGCUGGACUAAUCCUGCUAGCCGAGUCCGCCAAUCGCACGAAGAAAGGCGGUCAGGAGCUCAUCGGUGGUUUGGACGUGAGAGUGAAUCGUAACUAUUUCGGGAGACAGACGGAGAGCUUCGAAGCUGAGCUGGCCUUGCCAUUCCUCGGUACAAAGGACGGAAGAGGAGACGUCAAACCGUUCAAUGGAAUCUUCAUCAGAGCGCCAGUGGUCGAGAAAAUAUUGCCAGUGAUACGAGGAGAGCAGGCGAGUGAAAGAGCGAUCGACGAAACGGUCAUUGCGCCGUCCCGGAGUCCUGAAGGUGAGAUGAAUGAGCAAGUUCUUCGACCUGUUGAAGUCAUGGCUACUUUACCUGGUCGAAGUCGAACGCUCAAAAAACAUGUCGCCGCAACGGGAUUGGAGGACGAAGCUGGAGAUAUCAUUGCUGUGAAGCAAGGCAAUGUCUUUGGAACGAGCUUCCAUCCAGAGUUGACGGAAGAUGCAAGGAUCCAUGUAUGGUGGCUGCAGCAGGUUAAAGACAUGACUCAACACGAGGAAAAGAGUAGAUUUCCUUGA